AUGGCUGGAGCUAGUGUCUCGAGGCGGCUAGUCCAGAGCUCUGGAUUAAAGAAUUUGCAAACAAAUAUAAAUAACUCUUGUAAAAGAUUGUAUUCGACGGAAACUGAUGGUACAAAGGCUUCAACUAGGAGAAUUCUUGCUGGACUCAUUCUCAGUAGAACACCUGUGGUUACGCCUGAAUUAACUGAAUUUGAAAAAGCUUAUUAUCACUAUCAAGAUGAGUUAGAACGCAGGUUGAUGUGGACAUUUCCUUCAUAUUAUUACUUUAAGAAGGGAUCUCUUAGGGAGAGACAGUUCAAUGCCGCUCAGCGAGGACCAGUUCCAAGACAUGCAAAUAUCUGGUAUCCAAAAGGUAUUCCUGAUAUUCAGCACAACAGAGAAAGAAGAUUAAAGCAGGAGAUUGUUAUUCCUCGUCAAAGUGCUGACAAUGAUGGUUUAUUCGGAAACAAUGAGGAAUCUGAUGAUUCUCUGGGUAGGCCAAUUGUUCUUAAUUCCAGACACACCGAGGCUGACGAAAUCAAUGACACUACUUCUUUGAAACGAAAGCUAGACCGUACCUUGUAUUUGGUUGUCAAAGAACAAGAUAAGAAUAUUUGGCGGUUUCCAGCAUUUUCUUUAGAACAAAAAGAACCUCUCCACAUUGCUGCUGAGCGAGGCCUUAGACAGAUUGGUGGUGUAAAUAUCAACACAUGGACUGUUUCAAAUACUCCGGCCGGCGUAACGCGAUUCAACGAAUCGGGCCAAGUUAUUGGCAAGGAAGAAUCCACUGACAGUUCAAAAAGAGAGUUCUACAUUAAAUCACACAUUUUGCAUGGAAAGUUCGUCCCUCAGGAUGGCCAAGACUUUGCCUGGUUGACUCGCGAAGAGCUGGGCAGCAAACUUGAUGAGCCAUAUUACAACAGCGUCGAACCUCUUCUAUCGCUGAACUAG